UCGGCUCAGUUCAAAUUUAGCGAUGCGCGCGUGCGGUUGCUGAGCUCUCGAAACAUAACGGUAAACGGUCCUCGAAACGGUUUUUUCCCACAUCUGUCUUAUCGAAUCGCCGACUUUUUGGGCCCAGGGAACGCAGUUCCUCGUAUUCUCGUAUUCUCGCAUUCUGACAAAGGUGUGCAACCUUUUUGGGAGGCGGCGAAAACUUUUGUCCGCGAAAACUUUUCCACUUGUUUGCCCAUGCGGUGCGCUCGUGUGUGUUUGCCAACUAAUCCAAACAUGUGAGGCUACAAACAAAUCAUCUUUAACACUAUAUUCCUAUUCCACAAGGAGCGCUCCCCAAGUGAUCUGAUCGCCCGCACAGAAAAAGUUUUCCCUUGACCAGUUCUAAUGGUAAAUGCAACGAUAAAGUUGUUUUCCGAAAUUCGGCGAAAAGUUGCCAGCCAACUAACUGUCCUCAUAAAAUAUGCUAAGACAUUUACAUCGCCCGGCCCAAUUCUUUAAGCCCGCCGGCACCCGUUGGCCAUCAAAGUGUUAAAGUGCUAUAAAAAAAAGAACCAUGUCCGAAUUGGGAUCGAUACACCUGCACGCACCUGUCGCGAGGCCGUUGUAAUGCUAAUAAAUUCUCGGGUGCCAUUGGUUUAAUUAAAGAACCGUCAGAGCCGGACUCCGUGGAGGGCACUCGACCAGCCUGAAGAGGUGGACGGGCCGAAGGUAGGGGCAUUGUUCGACCAGAAGGACACUCGCCAAUCUGUGGACGCGCCUACGCUCGCCGCGGCCCAAUCGGGCCACUGGCGGCUAUCUGCUGACGGGCACAAGUGCGCCGCGUGACGAUGAGUUCGUCGCAGGACGGAGGCAUCUCCUGGAUCAGGGCAAGGAUAAGGAUAAGGUGCAAGAGCAGCAGCAGCAGAUGGGGCGGCGGGGAUACGCGCCUGCCGAUGAGUGUUUAAUUAAUGUGACGGACUUUAGUGAUAUUCAAAUAAGUGAGGGGACUGGCGAGGCAGUGGCCAAGACCAUCACCGAGCUGCGAGUGCCCACCAUAACGACCACAAACAGCAGCACCAUUCACAGCAACAGCAACAGCAGCAACAUCAACAGCAACAGCAACAGCAACAUCAACAGCAACAGCAACAUCAACGGCAACAAUAGCAACAUGUCGCGCCUUAUACAACCACGAUAUCGUUUUCGAGAUCUAUUACUGGGCGAUUUCUCCUUCAACGAUGACGGCGAAAGAGUUCGUGUGGAGUACUAUGUGAACGAAAACACAUUCAAAGAAAGACUGCAACUCUAUUUCAUUAAGAAUCAGCGUUCAAGCCUGCGCAUACGAAUCGCCGAUUUAUUCCUUAAGUUACUGUCGUGUGUUCUCUACAUAAUACGUGUGAUAUUGGAUAAAAAUCCAACAUUUAUAACAUGCUAUGGCUGCGAAGUGGGCAAUAAGACGGAGUUCAUCAUCUCGGCCAAACUGACGGAGGAGGAGUUCCAGGAGAACCCCAUCAUCAACUGGGACGCAAUACUCUGGGUGAAUCGGCCAACAGUGCUCUGGGUCCUGCAAUUGCUUCUAGCCAUGGUGUCGCUAACGCAAUCCUUGGUUCUCACAUAUCUAGGCUAUAAGGGCAACAUCUGGCAGCAGAUACUCUCAUUUCACUUUAUACUAGAAUUAGUAACGACAAUACCCUUUGCACUUACGAUUGUUCAUCCACCGCUACGCAAUUUAUUCAUACCCAUUUUUCUCAAUUGCUGGCUGGCCAAGCGAUCGCUGGAGAACAUGUUUAAUGACCUCCAUCGCGCCAUGCAAAAGUCCCAAUCAGCCCUCUCCCAGCAGUUGACCAUUCUAUCAGCCACACUGCUGUGUUUGGUAUUCACGAGCGUUUGUGGUAUCCAGCACUUUCAGCGCGCCGGCCAUCGACAUUUGAAUCUCUUUCAGAGCACAUACUAUGUGGUUGUGACCUUCUCGACAGUGGGAUACGGUGACUUUGUGCCGGACAUUUGGCCCUCGCAGCUCUAUAUGGUCAUCAUGAUUUGUGUCGCCCUCAUUGUGUUGCCUACGCAGUUUGAGCAGCUGGCCUUCACGUGGAUGGAGCGCCAAAAGCUGGGCGGCAGUUAUAGUUCACAUCGCGCCCAAAGCGAAAAGCACGUGGUGGUGUGCUCCACCACCCUGCAUGCGGACACCAUAAUGGACUUCCUCAACGAGUUCUACGCCCAUCCGCUCCUGCAGGACUUCUAUGUGGUGCUGCUCAGUCCCAUGGAGCUGGACACGACGAUGCGAAUGAUCCUGCAAGUGCCCAUUUGGGCGCAGCGCGUCAUAUACAUUCAGGGAUCCUGUCUGAAGGAUGGAGACUUGGCGCGCGCCAGAAUGAAUGAGGCGGAGGCGUGCUUUAUCCUGGCGGCCAGAAAUUAUGCGGACAAGACGGCCGCCGAUGAGCAUACCAUUCUACGCUCCUGGGCUGUCAAGGAUUUCGCACCGAAUGUACCGCAGUAUGUGCAGAUAUUCAGACCUGAGCACAAGCUGCAUGUGAAGUUCGCGGAACACGUGGUCUGCGAGGACGAGUUCAAGUACGCCCUUUUGGCCAACAACUGCACCUGUCCCGGCGCCAGCACACUGGUCACCCUGCUGCUCCACACAUCCCGCGGACAGGAGGGCCAGCAGAGUCCGGAGGAAUGGCAUCGGCUGUACGGAAAGUGUUCCGGAAACGAGAUCUACCACAUUGUCCUGGGCGACAGUCGAUUCUUUGGCGAGUACGAGGGCAAGAGUUUCACCUACGCCAGCUUCCAUUCGCAUCGCAAAUAUGGUGUGGCCCUUGUGGGCGUGCGACCGGCGGAGCUACCGGAAUUCUACGAGGAAACCAUUCUAUUGAAUCCCGGACCCAGGCACAUUAUGAAAAAGGAUGACACGUGCUAUUACAUGAGCAUUACCAAGGAGGAGAAUUCCGCAUUUGUCGUUAAUCAAAAUCAAACAUCGGACCCCACGGCAGCUGCCAAGGAGGGGGGCGGGGCAGGGAUUGGCCCCUCCUCAUCCGCCUCCCACCACGCCACUGCUGCAACUGCUAGCGAAAAUCCGACGGCUGUGAUAAUCUCGGACUCUAGGCAAAAUCUCAAGGACACGACGGUGACCCAGACGGCGGCAACGAUAACCACAACGACCCUGCCGCCGCCGCCCCAGACGAUGGGAUCACCCAGCAUGGCGGGCGGAUCGGGGGGAUGUGGUGGUGGUGGCCUCGGCCUGGGUAGUGCCCACAGCAUGGGAACCUCGCUCAGUAUCACCCCAGCCACACUGACCACCACGGGCAAUCACCUGGAUGUGCCCUUUGCCAACAAUCCCAACCUGCUCAGUCCGGAUGUGCUCAACCAGCGGAGGGGUAGUAGACGUCCCUCGAUCCUGCCCGUGCCCGACAUGUUCACCUCCUCCUCAUUCAGCAUCGCCGGCAACGACGAUGGCGAGGAGGGGGACGAGAGUGAUGAUGAGAUCGACGACGAGAUGCCCUGGCGUUCGCCAUCGGAGAAGAUUGCCAUCGUCAAGGGCUUUCCACCCGUGUCACCCUUCAUUGGCGUUAGUCCCACGUUGUGCUACCUGCUCAAAGAGAAGAAGCCCCUCUGCUGUUUGCAGUUGGCUCAGGUCUGCGAGCACUGCAGCUAUCGAAAUGCAAAGGAGUACCAGUGGCAGAACAAGACGAUUAUCCUGGCAGCCGACUACGCCUCCAAUGGCAUAUACAACUUCAUCAUCCCGCUGAGAGCUCACUUCCGAUCGAAGACCUCGUUGAAUCCCAUCAUCCUGCUCCUGGAGCGAAGGCCAGACGUGGCCUUCCUAGAUGCGUUGUCGUACUUUCCCUUGGUCUACUGGAUGCUGGGCUCGAUCGAUUGCCUGGACGAUCUGCUGAGGGCUGGCAUCACCUUGGCCGAAAGUGUGGUGGUGGUCAACAAGGAGCUCUCCAAUUCCGCCGAAGAGGACUCCCUCUCAGACUGCAACACCAUUGUGGCCGUGCAGAAUAUGUUCAAAUUCUUUCCCAGCAUCAAGAGCAUCACCGAGCUGUCGCAGAGCUCGAACAUGAGGUUCAUGCAGUUCCGGGCCCACGACAAGUACGCCCUUCAUCUGAGCAAAAUGGAGAAGCGCGAGAAGGAGCGCGGGUCGCACAUCUCCUAUAUGUUCCGCCUGCCCUUUGCCGCAGGAGCCGUGUUCAGUGCCUCCAUGCUGGACACCCUGCUGUACCAGGCCUUCGUGAAGGACUAUGUGAUUACCUUUGUGCGGUUGCUGCUGGGCAUUGACCAGGCGCCGGGCAGUGGGUUCCUGACCUCGAUGCGCAUCACCAAGGACGACAUGUGGAUACGCACCUAUGGUCGGCUGUACCAGAAGCUGUGCUCCACCACCUGCGAAAUACCCAUUGGCAUUUACCGCACGCAGGACACCUCGAAUGCGGACACGUCUCAUGUGAGUAACUCGCCGGUCGAGAGAUGGGGACCCUUCUCGGCCUUCAGCAGGCAUUGUGUGCGCUUGCGUCCAUCGUACGACGAGGAGACCGGCACGCCCGACUCGACGAAGGACUCGACGGAAAUGCUGCGCGGGGUCACCUACCGUCCGCCUGGUUCGGCAACAGGUGGCGCCAGCAGCUUCCGGCCGCAGCCGCAACGCCAGCGGUCGGUCAACUGCCUGGGCGGUUGCUCGGAGCGCAAGGGAUCAUCCUAUUCCAUCAAUCUGGCCGACGAGGCGAGGGACAACCAUGCCCAGCAGAUCGAGCGCGCGGAGAUCGCGAAUCUCGUACGUAGUCGGAUGGAGUCCCUGAAUCUGCCCACGAUCGACUAUGACGAUGUGAGCGAGAAGCGCAACCACCUGUCCUAUGUGAUAAUCAACCCGAGCUGUGAUCUGAAACUGGAGGAAGGCGAUCUCAUAUACUUGGUGAGGCCGUCGCCGUUCUCCGCCCAAAAAACCUUCGAGCGACACAACUCGCGCCGCAAGUCGAACAUCUCGUUCUGCUCGAACAUUAACCUGGGAGCCACAUGCGGCCCACAGAUGCCGCAGAUGAACAUGAACAUGGCCAACACCGCCGUCGGGGCUGGAUCGCGUCGAGGAUCCGGCAUUGCCGGCUUGAACCCCAUGCAAAUGCAGAGCGUUCAGACCUUGGCCGGGUAUGGAUCAUCCUCGCAGCGCUGUAGCCCCCCGAUGCAGCAAAUUAAAUCGAAUUCUCUUUCUCUACCCGACAGUCCGACGGUGGUUGGCAAUCAGCGAGGACGGAGUAACUCAUUGCGGAUCGACAACGAUAUCCUGCUGCGUCGAUCCUCGUCCCUGCGACAGGGCCUUCCCAGCGUGGGCGUCAGCCACGGCCGGAGAAAGUCGUCGCUGGAAGAGAUCGGCAUAAGCCACUUCACCACCCUCAUGCAGGCAACGAACCAUAGUAAUCCCAUUAAGAUAUCCCUGAACGGUAGCAUCGGCAUGGAGAACCAGAUCUCCUUGCAGGUGACACCGCCCGAGGAGCCCACACCCAUGUUGGGUGUGCCGUGUGUGUUAGGCGGUGGCGGUGGAGGUGGCAUUAACCCAUCUGGAGCAGGUUCCUCCACCGGCGGCAUGCUGGGCGGCGGCUCCUCACUGGCCAUCAAUACCGCUGACCUGGGACCCGGACCAAGUACCUCUUCGGGCGCCAGUGGGUCGCUGCAAGCACAGGACUCGCUGGGACAGCAGCCAUCUCAGGUGUCAUCGCCACAGCAUUUGCAGGGAACGAUCGUAUGAUACAACCUGAUGUGGGGGCGCCGACUCCGCUCCUCCAUGUCGAAAAACAAGUGGAUAUAGAAUACGGCCAGCACACACAGACACACCCGUAGAGAUAAGUUCUAGGCAGAGCGAAAGUACGAAAGUAUUAGGAAACCCAACCAAACAAACCCACCCACCCCAAAAGGCUGUCUGUGGUGUGUGUUCUCGGUUAAUCCACUUCGAGUCCCAUUAGGUUAGUCCCCUACAUGUAAUAGAUCACUAGGGAGUGGCGCGUGCUUAUCAGUUUAUCGCUAGGGAGUAGGCAUACUCGUAUAUUGUAUAUUGCAUGUUUUGCAAAUUAGUUGUAAGCUAUGAACAUGUUGGCUUUGUGCAAAGGAAGCCGCAGCAAAUUGUGUUUUGGGAACAACAAAUGUAGUUAAACUAUUGGAUAGGUGGGGCGAUGAUAAAGCAAACUGUAUAACUGUAUAUAUCUGAUGCCUAGUUCUAAGCCAGAUGUAGCAACUAUCAAAUAGAUCGGGCUUUAAAGCAAAAUACCAUGUAUAUACCUUAGGUAUGAUCACUUAGUUGGGCUUCAGCUCGGUUUAGCUUCCCCUUCCCUCGGAAGGACCUUCCUCUGACCCACGUAUAACCCCAUAUAGAUACAUAUAUGAAGGUGCUAUCAAUGUCUUGUACUAUACACACAUUCAGAUUCACAUUUUGUAAAACUACUAGGAGUGUUUUACAUAAUUAUAGGAGAGAAAGAAGGAGGAAAACACACCAAGAAAGUGAAACGGUUUUCAUAACAUAAAUUGGAACGGGCUUUGGUAUACUCUAAUGCUUUACAAAACCAACAAAAAUAUGUAUACAUAUAUUAAAUAAAUCAAACAAUUUGUAUAUAAAUUAUGUGAGUAAGAACCAACCAUGCAUUCAAUUAAAGAACAAAAUAAGGCAAAAACAAACUACUAUAACCUUAUGAACAAAACUUAAUUCGAAAGACAACAGAAUUUAGAUUUAGAGUUUAGAGUUAACUAUUUAAGGCUAGUUUGAACCAAGGAUCAAGUAUCGGAAACUGUACCAAAUUCAAUGAGCUAUGUGAACCGGCGUUCACAUCUAACACAACCCUGUAGCGAAGUGUAACUCAAUUCGAUCCCAGCUAUAGGCUCUUUAGACAUUAAUUAAAGCGAACUAUGUACCUACUCAACCAUAUACCAUAUACCGCAUACCACACAAACACUCACACUCACACACACAGAAAUUGUUAGUUAAAGCACUUACGUCAGUUUUAUAAGAAAAUUUUAGUCAACGAUGACGACGAAAUGCAUUCCAGUGUCUCGAGGGAAUACCUAGUUUAGCUUAUGCCUAGCACCCCAGAAACCUAUUUAUAUAGACAUAUAUAGAUCCGUACACUACUGAAUCUGUACAUCUUCAACAUAGGCCACAUAGAUCAAAUCGAUGUCUCAAUGUACAAAAGUAGUUAACUGAGCCGCAAUUGGCAUUGGCUGCGGCAUUAGAGAUACGAUUAGUGCGACUAGGGUAUAAACUUGCUGUAAUAUUUAUCGGCGCCAUGCUCUUUAAGGCAUGCCGAGCAGAACUCACAAUAAACUCAAACUAUA